AUGGAUACCGAACUGCCAUUGGCUAUCAACUAUAAGGGAAUCGUCAAAAUAGUGGCUAUUAUUGCGCUAGCCCUGCCAACUCUAGUAUUGUUCUGGCGAACGGCUUUGGUGCCACUUUUGGUUGGCAGCCAGCUACUCUCCGUGUCUUUUGCCGUAAUUUAUUCGAUAGCUGGGGCCUACUAUUUUGCGGCUGCCCGCUAUACGUGGUAUUUGGCGGCCGGCUUGAACAGAUUUCCUGGAUUGAGCUCCGGAAUCUGGUGUCUCGGCAUGAACUGCAUCGUCGUCACCAUUGCGCUAGUUUUUAAUGGGCUCGUGGCCGAGCGUAAGUUGUGCUUCGUCAGCCUAUAUUCAUACCUCUUCGUGUUGAUUUACAUUGGCUCUCAGUGCUGCAACACGUGGCUGGAAGAAAAGGACAAGGACUUGACCCAUUUCCUGGCCCCGCUGAGCUCGCAGCUGCUCUGUCUGAGCACGGUGUGGAUUUGGUACUGGUACUCAAAGGAUUUGCGUUCAAUGCUGAGCAACAGCGGGCAAAUUGGCGAUGGGGAUACGACCUGUGGACUUUUGCUGACUGGUGUCUUGGCCAUGGGUGUGCUUCUGCGACGUCGUGCUGCCGCCGUGGCUGGCGUGUUGCGGCACGUUCCGGAAAAAGUGCUACUUACUGUCGAGGGGGUUUUCGGGGUGACGAUGGAGCUCGGUGUCGUCUUGACGGCCUAUUUUGGUGUAGCCGAUCGUGCAAAGGCCGAGCAAUACUACAGGAAAGUGUUUCCACAUCAGCUAAAAUUGUUGCCUUCUGACCAGCCUGCCGUUUAUUAUGUCCCGUCGAUCAACCCGAUUUUUAGUUAUUAUAUCGGGCUGUUGUGCUUUCUAAUCUGCGUGCUGGUGCUCGAAAUCAUGUUUUCGAUAUACGCUUUUAUUCACGCCCUGAACACCUACUGGGUAUCUGCUACCUGUAUUGCCUUUAAUGCCAAAUAUAAGCAGUAUUUCUUUCAACGUUUUGUUCCGAAGUUUCUUCGACCGAUCGACGAGUCGCCGGCUUUGCAUCCAAGGCUUCUAACGCAAAGUGUUGCUGCUGUUACAAGGCAU